GAACAUUUUUGUCAGUUUGGAAAUGGGUUUAGUUGAUUUUCAUGUUCCUUGUUCUCCGUAGUUCAUCAGUUUAUUAUCGUUGAUUUUGAUGGUUUUAAUCGAUACUUUAUCGUAUUUGGAUAGUUUUUGAGGGUCGGUAUCAGUUUGUGUCAGUGAGUAGAGUACUUCGCUUCUCCCAAUUUGUGAUAUUCGUUUGGGUUCUCUGAAAAUUCUAGCUACGAAUGCGGUACUCAAGUCCUCCCUUCGUUCGUUCUGUUAUUCUUUUGGAUAUCAAAUGAAAAGAUUGAACUUCUUUCAGCUGUCGGCAGUGAAAGAUACUGCACAUUCCUUUGUCAUAGAAUGCGAGAAUAACUCCUGACAUUUUUCCUCGCUUGAUGAUUGGCCUAGGAUUUCAUACUUUUAGAUAUCUGAUUCUCAUUGAGAAGAUUGAUUUUCUGCUGAGAUUAUCGAGUGGCUUGACGGCAGUCAAAUUUUUUUCCUAUAUUAUUAUUAUUAUUAUUAUUAUUAUUUUUAGUGACUCCCUCCCCACAAUCAGAAGGACGGGAUUUGGUCCAUUUGGACUUCAAUGCUCAUUUUAUUUACUACUUGGAAUGAAAGUCUCUUGAUGAUCUCGCUGUUUUUGUUUGUUAAGGUUUCUCGAUAAAACUAUAAUAGACUCGUCUGCCCUGAAGCAGUGAUGCUUUCCAGCAAUAUAUUUGCACAAAUCAGUUGGGCAAAUGAUUGUGAUUGGCAAGUUGUGGAUGGAUGUUGCCCUUUUAAUUUUGUUGUCAUGCAGAUUGACUUGCAUUUCUACAUUUCGAAGUCCUGUUGAUCUUGAAUUAUGCCCUGAUUGCAAAUUCGGUGUUGGUUUAGCUGUGCAAGUAUGGCAGUCAUGGAUAAGAAUCAUCCAAUUUUAUUAAUUAAUUGAUACUUGUUUCUUUGUGCACACAGAUACCUUACCUUGAAGGAUUGCUUUAAUAAUAACUGUCAGUCUUUUAUUUCUGGUGUCAAAGCAUACAUGCGUCUGUCAAACAGGCCUUCCUUCCAUGGAAACUGAGCUUAUUAUGCCAUAUUUUGGUUAAUUGCAACCUCUACAUUUAUCUUAUAUGGCCUUGUUGGAAAUGGGUGCAAAUGUGCAAACUAAUGGGUGCCCCUCCAGAUUUUAUUCCGCAAGGAAUUUCAUCUUUGGUACUGAAGGCAACAAUUGGACCUCUUCUAAUGGUAAAGGCAAACUGAUUAAUGAUUGUCACCACCACUAUUCCUUGUCAGUACCUUCACCCACUCACAUUCUUGGAUAUGACAAGGAACUAGUGAAACAGACAAUACUCAAGCACGAAGCCAUGUUUAAGGACCAAAUUCAUGAGCUUCACCGCCUUUACCGGAAGCAGAGGGAAUUAAUGGAUGAACUUAGAAGGAAUGAGUUAUAUAAACAUAAUAAUUUACGCAUAGAGAUAUCAUGGUCGGGUGCUUUGUCUCAUGUAUCAUCUGAAAAUGCCCCAAAGGGGUGCUGCUCACCGAAGUUAGCUUUGGCAGCUGGUGAAUCAUCUGUUUUAGUUGCUGAAAGCACUCUGUUGCCUUUGGGUUCUGUGCAAGAAAAGAUCAGGCAAUUAUGCAUUGAUCCUGGUCCUGGUGUAUCUCUAGUUGGAGGAUUAUUGAAAGACCCCAAACCAUCAAAUUGCAACUACAAGAAAGUCGGUAAAAAAAUUUUGGAUCUUGAACUUCCUGCUGAUGAGUACAUUGAUUGUGAAGAAGGUGACUCUGUGGAAGACGAGAGGGUUUCCAGAGUGGCUGAGGUGUCAGUUUAUACUUCAAAUGAGAAGCGUGGUGCUGAUUUGGAUUCUGUUGCUAAAGUUGUUGAUGCAGAUAAAAUAUUUUCUCAAUGUGAAGCAUUAAAUAAGAAGCCCGAACAUGUUAAUGACCUUCCAGGCUUUCGUUCAUCAGAUCAAAUUAACCUUGGAACUUGGAGUAAAGAAAAGAAUUCUGUUGACAAGAUACCUCUAGGAACUCAAGGUCCUAGCAGGGAUGGCUUGGUGCCUGGACCAAGCAGUGCUCAACCUGUUUCUGAAGGUGUGGAGGAUCCCAAGAACACUAACUUGAAUGUUACGCCAGCUGUUUGUUCUGAAACAAUGGCAUUUCAAAGCAUUUGGGUUAAUGAUAAACAGAACAAGUUUCAAGAUUCAAGGCAGGGGUUGCCCUGGCUUCUAGAAAAGCCUGUACCCAAGAGACAACUCGAUGGAGAAGAUAGUAAAAUUUCUACCCAACAGGAACCUGUCAUUUUAAAACAUUAUUUGGGAGGUAUACAUGGUUUUGAGAUUAAGAAAGUUGGGGGAAGUGACUUGUGUAAGGACAAGAUUCUUGUGAUUCCUGUUAAUGGAAAGCCUUGUACUCCAUUUGAUCUACCUUCUUCUCAUGCCUCCCCUUCCAACAUCUGUCAGAUCCAAUCUGACAAUCAAAAGAUUGAGGAAAUUGGGAGGGAUUGUGUGCUUAGUGUAAAUAGUUCUUGUAAUCUGCCUGACUUGGGAGGACAGAUGCCUGGGGGUGACAAGAAGAAUGAACAUGACAAGAAACGUAAUUGUCUGACAAGAAUCAUUGAUCUUAAUUCUUGCUUGAAUGAAGAUGUGGAUAUUCCAGUAGAUGACCAUUUCCAGGCACCGCAGAGUCUGCAGCAGAACAGUGAGUGUUCCCCAGCCAGGGGAGAAUCUGAUGAAAAGCAGCUUGAAAUGCCUUACCAAUUUUCAGGGCAAGAGGACCCACAGGGGCAAGAGCAUGAAGUUAGAAUUGCAGCAGAGGCUCUGGUUUCUAUAUCAGCGUUUGUGGUCCCUAAUGAUCCCCAAAUGACUGAUUUCCGCCCGUCUGAAUCUUCCAGGGAUGGUCCUCUUCACUGGUUUGCCAAAAUUGUCUCUUCAAUAAAGGAUCACCCCAAGAAUGAGGCAAAGGUGGAUUGCAAUGGUAAGACCGCUGAUGAUCUUGAGGAGUUUCUGCCUGCUGGCAUUGAUUACUUUGAGGCCAUGACCUUGAAGUUGACUGAGGCAGAGAACCUAGAUUGCUGUUGUAAUAAGAUCACUGAUCAAAAUGGGAAAGAAGGUGGCUCUUCACUGAGCCACCCAAGGAAGGGCCAAGCUACUAAAAGGGGUAGGCGGCAGAGGAACUUUCGGAGCGAAAUCCUUCCGAGCGUUGCUGCAUUGUCAAGGUGUGAGGUGACAGAGGAUCUUCAAAUUAUAGAAGGUCUCAUGGACGCUGCUGGCACUCACUUGGAAACGGUUUCUCUAAGAAGUGCAGGUAGGGGGAGGAAGAGGUCUCGUACUUUAGCUUCCAAGGUUUCAGACUCAUUGUUGAAGCAUCUAACUGAUGACACUGAUUUGAGAAUUGAGAAAAGGGGCCUUCUAGUGAGUUGGGAGAGAACAUGUAAGAAGAGAAGGGGGCACAGAUAUCCAACCAGUAACCCAGAGUUUUUCUCAAGGGUAUGUAUAUGAUUGAUUCCAUAACUGUGUAUGGAUUUUUAAUGGGGGUUUUAUUCCUUAUGAAUUACAGGAUCGUUUUAUAACUGUUUUGUUAAACAGUAAUACAUGGCAAUGUGUAGGAUAGAGAAAGAAUCGUUGUGAAUUUGUAUACGAAAACAUCGUUGGAACUGAUAGUCCGGCCUCUUUGUUCCCAAUAGAAAUGACAGUUAUCUUCUGUUUAUUUUAGUUUCUUGCAUGAUGGAUGUUGCAGUUUGUGCCGUUGAAUGCAUUUCUCAGACUAUACUGCUAAGAACACAUUAAGAAAUUGUAUGAACUUCUUCCCCAUGA